CAGAGGACACUGAAUUCCUUCCCAGGUCCCUGGAGCACUGUUUCUGUGGGUUGUCACCAAGUCUGUCCUGGAGGAGCAGCUCCUUAAGAAACAGGCCAUAAGGCGGAGGGACUGCGAUGUCUGGCAGAGAACUGGAACCAGCAAGGUACUACGUGGGUGUGGACGUUGGAACAGGCAGUGUCCGUGCGGCUCUGGUGGACCAGAGCGGCAUCAUUUUGGCUUUUGCAGACCAGCCCAUUAAGAAGUGGGAGCCCCAGUUCGACCACCACGAGCAGUCCUCCGAGGACAUCUGGGCUGCGUGCUGUGCUGUCACAAAGAAAGUUGUACAAGGGAUCGAUUUAAACCAAAUCCGAGGACUUGGGUUUGAUGCCACGUGUUCUCUGGUUAUCCUGGAUAAGCAGUUUCGCCCUCUACCAGUGAACCAUGAAGGGGAUUCCCAUCGAAAUAUCAUCAUGUGGCUGGACCACCGAGCUGUCAGUCAGGUCCACAGGAUAAACGCAACCCGGCACAGCGUCCUGCGGUACAUCGGGGGCGUGAUGUCGGUGGAAAUGCAGGCCCCGAAGCUGCUGUGGCUGAAAGAGAACUUGAGAGAGACUUGCUGGGAUAAGGCGGGACAUUUCUUUGAUCUCCCGGACUUCUUAUCGUGGAAAGCAACAGGUGUCACAGCACGGUCUCUCUGCUCCUUGGUGUGCAAGUGGACCUACUCAGCAGAGAAAGGCUGGGAUGACAGUUUCUGGAAGAUGGUUGGUUUGGAAGACAUUGUUGCAGAUAAUUAUAACAAAAUAGGAAACCAAGUGCUGCCUCCUGGAGCUGCUCUCGGAAAUGGGCUCACACCAGAGGCAGCCAGAGACCUCGGCCUUCCCGUGGGGACUGCAGUGGCAGCUUCACUCAUUGAUGCCCAUGCGGGAGGACUAGGAGUGAUUGGGGCAGAUGUGAGAGGGCACGGCCUCGUCUGUGAGGGACAGCCUGUGACGUCACGGCUGGCUGUCAUCUGUGGAACAUCUUCUUGUCACAUGGGGAUCAGCAAAGACCCGAUUUUUGUGCCAGGCGUCUGGGGGCCUUAUUUUUCAGCCAUGGUGCCUGGUUUCUGGCUGAAUGAAGGUGGUCAGAGCAUUACUGGAAAAUUGAUAGACCACAUGGUACAGGGCCAUGCUGCCUUCUCUGAACUCCAAGCCAAGGCCACAGCCAGAUGCCAGAGCGUAUAUGCGUAUUUGAACAGUCACCUGGAUCUGAUUAAGAAGGCCCAGCCUGUGGGUUUCCUCACUGUUGAUUUACAUGUUUGGCCAGAUUUCCAUGGCAACCGGUCUCCCUUAGCAGAUCUGACACUAAAGGGCAUGGUCACAGGAUUGAAACUGUCUCAGGACCUCGAUGAUCUUGCCAUCCUCUACCUGGCCACAGUUCAAGCCAUUGCUUUUGGGACCCGCUUCAUCAUAGAGGCCAUGGAGGCAGCAGGCCAUUCUAUCAGCACUCUUUUCUUGUGUGGAGGCCUGAGCAAGAACCCCCUUUUCGUGCAAAUGCAUGCAGAUAUUACUGGCAUGCCUGUGGUCCUGUCACAAGAAGUGGAAUCUGUUCUUGUGGGUGCUGCUAUUCUGGGUGCCUGUGCCUCGGGGGAUUUCGCUUCUGUGCAGGACAAGGGAUUUCUUUCUUGAACUUUCCCCCAUACACAGUGUACUGGGAGCUGAGAAGAGAGAAAACACAACGCUUGUACACCAGUCUGUGUGAAUCAGAAGCCCGGCACCACACGAGAGGAGGAAAGAAAGGGGAAGGGGGCAAUGUGCAGCUCCUACUGACCAGAGCGUCCCUCAGCCAAGCCUGGAUCUGUGAGGGAGCAAGCCCAGGGCCAGGCGGUUAUAGAACUCGUGCGAAUUCACACCACGUACAAAUGAAGAGGGAGGCGGGCCCAGAACCCAGGUCUCCUGACUCUUUGCUCUGAAUUAGUCAAGUCAAAUAAGCCCCCUCCAUUCAAAAAGAAGAACCUUCAAGAACAUUAAUUUUGAACCCAUCUCAAAGCUACACUAAUGGUAAUGGUCACUGAAAAAACAUGUGCUUACGGAAUCUCCCAGCUGAACACACAAAGACAUGGGUCCCUGAGGAGCAGUGUAAGCGUUGUCUAAGGGUUCUGUGCUGGGGAGAUCACCAAAAUCAUAACAUACGAAUAGAGGGGCAUAUGGAAGAAAUCAGCAGUGCCCUCUCCUUCCCAUGUGUAAACUCGGCCUUCGCCUAAAGUCACUAAGUAAACACAGAUGCAGCCAAACCAGGCACCAGAUGGCAGACGAGAAUGAGAGUAAAAGGUAAAUCUUUUGGUAUUUAUUCAAAGAUGGAGGCGGGGGAGCUGGUCCAACAUACUGUGGUUUCCCCAGAAUGGCCACCUGGAGUCACCAAGUUCCAAAAGUGACCAAAAAGACAGAACAAAACUACAGUAACCAUGAUUGGGAAGAUGUAGGAAACCAUUCUCGUCUCCUGAGAAAUGGAAUCCAACGUCAGAAGAAAGUGGUAAUUCUGGGAUAAAAGAAAUAGUUAAAUCUAAGUAGAAAGACCAGGGACAGACAGGACAGGGGCGAGGAUCAGCUCUUGCUGAGCGCUCACUUGUGCCAAGAGAUUUGUAUUCAUGGUCUCAUUUAAUCCUUACAACCACCCAUUAUAGAUUGGUCAGAUUUUAUAAAUGAGGAAAUUUCAUAAAUGGGUCAAGAGAGAUUAGGCCCAAGUCAUGGUGCAGGAAUGCUGUCCCAGCUGUUGCCAGUGCUUCUGGGCGCCACUCUCUUGUCCUGUUGUUGGGCUGUGUCCUGUUUGAUAACAUGAUCCCCAGAAGAUUCUUAUUUCCCCCUAAGCUCUCAUCAUGUGCCAAGCCCCUGAGAAUGCCAACAGGUUGUGCCUAAGUACCCGAAACUCGGGGGACGCCAAGCACACUUUCUCUGCCAUUUGUACCCAAACCACAGGGCCUACGCAAGAAGGUCCCCGGUCAGUUACUGCCUUGGGAAGGGGGGGAACAGAGCACUCCUGAGGACUUGAUUCCCCUCCUGUUUCACAAAGACACUCUUGCAUAUUCCUCCUCUAUGUCUUAGCUGGCACAUUUGCAGUAGUCACCAGUGAAGAAAAUGCCCAAGGGUUCUCUGUGAAUCCUUGCUUUUUCAUUGUGCGUG